AUGGUGCAUCGCUACUUUGCUGUACUGGAGCUUAUGGGCUUGCUGUCGUCUCCGGCAUGCAACCGCCGGCUCAAGGAACUCUACGCAGAUCUCAAAGACUUUGAGUCAGUGUCCAAGGCCUUACAAGGAGAGAACGUGAGCCUACUGGACGUGCGGAUCUGGUUCGACGGGCUUAUUGAAGCCCAGCCUGCGUUCGCUGCUUAUAUCACUCCUCGAGCAAACAUCGUUCACAGCCCAGACUUUGAGUCGGGUUGCGUCCGUGUGCUCAAAGGAAAUGGAGCCCGCCUCACCGCGUCGGAGAAACGGGCUCUUCGUUCUUUUCUCCAAGUAGACCGUGCCCCGAACAACAAUGAUGAAGAAGCCGAGACGGACUCGCUUGUGCAGCGGCUCGAGAAGAGGCGCCGUCUUAAAGCACGAGAAGCUCGGUACUGCCUCGUAGGCAGCAUCCCCGCCACCUCGAACAAGGUGGAGCGCUUCUUCAGUGUUGCGCGUGCAACUCUUGGACACGAGCGUAAUGGCCUACAGCUCAUUGCGCUCGAAAUGGUCCUUUUCCUGCGUGAAAAUUCCCGCUUUUGGGAUGUUUCUACUGUAGAUCAACUCCUCUAG